AUCAUACAAGAUUUGAUAGGGAAUACGUAUGUUUAUUAAACUACCAUCCAAAAUAGCAACUGAUAACUGUCAAAUUUAUCGAUCUAUUUUCCAAGUUAAAAUUCUCUUGUACUGGAACUAAUAAAUUUUAAUAACCAGCUUAAUUCUGCAUCCAUGUUAAUAUCCCUAAUACCCAAUUGGUAGAACUUCCUUUCAGUUACUCUUGAAGUUAUGAACUUCAAGAAUGGAGUAAAAGACAUCUAGCACCAUUCUUCGAGUCCACUGUCAAAGACCAUCAGAACUCAUGUCUCCUAUUGUUCUUCAGUUACCUUUCUCCUGAUAUUAAUUAUUAGUUUUUGGAGAGUCUACUACUUAGAGAAAAACCUUAAUUAUGUCAAGUUCUUUUGAUGGACUAAAGUACUUAAUAAAACAUGGACUAAAGUACUUAAUAAAACUGCAUGGAUCUAUGCCAACUCUCUUCCUUGGCAGGGGAUGCUUUUUCCUGGAUGGAUAAAAGGUUACUUCUGAAUAAUUGAUUAAUUACCUUGAUGUAAAAACGUCAAAAGUAGCUGAUUUUAUCACAACAUGUCAAAAUUUACGAAUUCUUGUAGCAUAUCUGGUUAGAUAAUGACCUUUAAAUUUUUUUAGUUGUCUGAGCAUGCUGUUCUAUUGCCAUAUUGGUGUCUGAGCCUCUGAGAAAAGGUAUGCAGUGUUUUGAUAAUAGAAAGAUGCAUGGUCAAUUACCAGUAUUUCAACUUUUUGUGGGGUCUGAUGGUAUAAUUUGGGUUUGUCAUUCUUAACCAAAAGAACAGAAAACAGUUAUGAAGAACCGGUUUCUCACACCCUUUUGCCUGCUUCUCCUGCAGGUUCAGCCUCUCAACCUUUUUUUUUCACACAAAGAGAAACCAAUGAGUACUCUUGGGCGUAUAGUGCUGAUAAUAUGGCUUUUUGUUGUCUUAAUAAUUAACUCAAGUUACACUGCUGGUUUGACCUCUAUCCUCACAGUUGAACAGCUCUAUUCUCCUAUCAAAGGAAUCGAAAGUUUAAAAGAUGGUGAUGAUCCUAUUGGAUACCAAGUGGGUUCUUUUGCAGAACAUUAUCUGACCAAUGAAAUUGGUAUUCCUAAAUCCAGGCUUAAAGCCCUUGGAUCCCCAGAAGAGUACGCCACUGCACUUCUAAAGGGUCCGAAAAAAGGAGGUGUUACUGCAGUUGUCGAUGAACGUCCAUAUGUAGAGCUUUUCUUGUCAAGCCAUUGCAAGUUCAGGAUUGUUGGUCAGGCAUUCCCCAAAAGUGGCUGGGGAUUUGCAUUUCCACGGGACUCCCCCUUGACCAUUGACUUAUCAACAGCAAUUUUAACGCUAUCAGAAAAUGGAGAUCUCCAGAGAAUUCAUGACAAGUGGGUUACGAAAAACUUGUGCACUACAGAUGAUACCGAGAUUGAAUCAAACCGUCUUCACCUGAGAAGCUUCUGGGUCCUAUUUCUUAUAUGUGGGAUAGUUUGUUUUCUUGCUUUCGUUAUAUACUUGUGGCAGAUUAUUCACAAGUAUCGGGCAGCUGUCGCUGUUGAAUCUGCUUCUAAUGGACAGGUUAGCUCACAUUCUAGACGCCUUCAAACUUUAAUAUCAUUAAUUGAUGAGAAGAAGGAUCAAUCUAGAAGGGACCGAAAAAGAAGGAAGCUCGACAGAUGACCAUGUGCUGCUAAGUAAGAAGAAUGAACUGCCCAGAAACUCUGAAAGGAGACUAUCAGAAAAUUCUUCUGAGAACAACAUAAUAAACUAGAGGAAGUGAAAUCUGUUCACUGGUUAAUAUACUUCUAUCUGUAAAAUUCAAUGUAAUGUACUCAUGUUUGUAUCUUAUGUGAUGUUAGUAAUUAUGUGUAAAUAGGGAAAGUAAAUUGUAGAGUGUAGACAGUCUUCAUCAAAAUGUAUAUAUGCUAUAUAUGCAUUUAGAAAUUCGUUUUCUUGAAUGAACUAUGUUCAUGUAUGGCAACACAUUUAUUUUUUUCUUCUA